GAGGUGCUGGCCGGGCCGGCGCUGGCCGCGGUGCUGAAACUGCCGGCGCUCCCGCCGCCGCGUUCUCCGGUCCCGGCGCCGCCACCCCCGGGGGCAUGGGGGGUCGCUGACUGAGGCUCCGCCGCCGCGGCGGGGGGGAGGGAAGGGGGCCGCGGAGCCGGGCCAGCCCUGCACCCACUCGCAGCCUCCGGGCCCGGGACGGAGCCGCUCCCCCCUCCCGCCCCCCCAGCCUCCUCCCCCGCCUGUCCAGGGGCGGCACUGCGGGCUGGGAAGCCGGGACCAGAGGAGGGAAGGAAGGAAGGAAGGAAGGAAAGAAGGAAGGAAGGAAGAAAAGAAGGAAAGAAGGAAGGAAGGAAGGAAGGAAAGGAGGGAAGAGAAGAGAGAAGAGAGAAGGAAGCAGAAGAAAAUCCGGAGGAGCAGAGAAGGAAGCGCAGGCAGGCGGGAGGAGAGAGGACGGCACUUGUGCGGCAGCAUCCAAAGGCCAGAGUGGGGACCCGUGCUGCCUCAGCUGCUCCUCGGAUGGUGACGGGGCCUCGCCGCGGCAGCUGCCCCCCCGCGACCCGGCUCCGCAGGCCCGCAGCGCCGGAGCCCCGCAGGAAUCAUGCCCAGGUCCUUCCUGGUCAAGAAGGUCAAACUUGACACGUUCUCCUCGGCAGACCUCGAGAGCUCCUACGGGCGCGCCCGCAGCGACCUCGGAGUGCGACUGCACGAGAAAGGAUACCUCAACGACUACGCGGGGCCCGCCUCCGUCUACGAUGGCGACGCCGAGGCGGCCUUGCUUAAAGGGCCGUCCCCGGAGCCCAUGUACGCUGCGGCCGUGCGGGGAGAGCUGGGCCCGGCGGCCGCGGGCUCGGCGCCGCCGCCCACCCCGCGCCCGGAGCUGGCCACAGCCGCGGGCGGCUACAUCAACGGCGACGCGGCCGUCAGCGAGGGCUACGCGGCUGACGCCUUCUUCAUCACCGACGGGCGCUCGCGUCGUAAGGCCGCCCACGCUCACGCCAACGCCGCGGCCCCUCCCUCAACGGCCUCGGCUGCGGCCCCCGACGGCGACGGCGGAGGUGGGGCCGGGGCGGGAGCGCGUGUUGCAGGGCCAGGGGCAGGGGGCCGGGGCGGCGCGCGCGCGGGGUCGGGCACCGAGGCGCGCGCGGGGCCUGGGGCGGGCGGCGCCGGUGGCCGGCACGCUUGCGGCGAGUGCGGCAAGACGUACGCUACGUCGUCGAACCUGAGCCGCCACAAGCAGACGCACCGCAGCCUGGACAGUCAGCUGGCGCGGCGCUGCCCGACGUGCGGCAAGGUGUACGUGUCCAUGCCGGCCAUGGCAAUGCACCUGCUCACGCACGACCUGCGCCACAAGUGCGGCGUGUGCGGCAAGGCCUUCUCCAGGCCCUGGCUGCUGCAGGGCCACAUGCGCUCCCACACCGGCGAGAAGCCCUUCGGCUGCGCGCACUGCGGCAAGGCCUUCGCUGACCGCUCCAACCUGCGCGCGCACAUGCAGACGCACUCGGCCUUCAAGCACUUCCAGUGCAAGCGCUGCAAGAAGAGCUUCGCGCUCAAGUCCUAUCUUAACAAGCACUACGAGUCGGCCUGCUUCAAGGGUGGCGCCAGCGGCGGUGGCCCCGCGGCCCCGGCGCCCGCUGCACCGCCGCAGCUCAGCCCCGUGCAGGCCUAGGGCGGCGGUGCCUCCGUCAGCCGUGUCGGCUCUCAGCAAUACGGGCCCCCAGGGAAGGCUCCGCGGGCGCUCGGGCGGAGGGGCCGGAGGGUGGGCCCCUCCUCACAGCAAUAGGGGGAGGGGGCCCGGCCCCGCCCGCCGGGGGCCUUGGCGGCCCCUUCAAGCAAUAGGGUCCCGAGGGGAGACCCACCCGAGCCCCCUCCCUUCCCCUCCAGGGUGCCCCAGGCUUUUUCCCAGCAAUAGGGUCGAGGAGACCCAGGAUCGAACCUCAUCUCCGAGUUAGGUUUCUGAAGACGGGGGUGGGGUGAGGUAGGGAGCGUCCCCUCCUCCCUCCUCUGCGCCCCUGGAUCGCGUCGCAGAGACUCAGGUCUUCCCCACCCCUUCCCAAGCCUUCCAGGGCCAGGCCUGCGGCCUAGACGUCCAGGGAGCCGGUCCCUCCCCGGCAGCAGACCCGGGGAGGAGCAGGAGGGUGGCCUGCAGAGGCGACUCUACUCCUCAGUCUUACCUGAACCCCGGGAGUGUUAGACACAUUGGGGAUCGGGAAGGGGGGCGGACAGCGGCACCCCUUCCCCUCGGGUUCCUUCUGGGGCCUCAGUCCGAGCCGCUCUUUCUCUCGCCUCGCAUCCUCUGCCAAAUCCGAAUUCUUCCAGCCCAGCUUCCCGGGCUCUGUCCUCCAUAACGAAUAUAAUGACGCAUAUCGAAUCGCAUGGACUUAUCCGACCUCCUCAGACCCCGUUCCUGCCCUGCCCCGGGGCCCCCUCCCUCAUACCCGGGCAUUCGGUGUUGGAGGACGGAUUCCUGGGGCCCGGCAGGCAGGCCUGGGCACGACCCUUCUACACACCUCUCUGUAUUCGCUUUGCGGGUAAAGCCCCCUGGGGGGGUUGCGGAUGCGUCGGGUUUCUUUCUUUCUGUAUUUGUACGUUUUAUUUAUGAACGGAUUGCACUCGGGUCAGGGAAGGGGCGCUGAGGCCCCAACCUUCCCGCCGACGCCCGGGGCUUGGGAUGUCCAGGAUCACUUUCCCCGCCCCUGAACCUGAACCCCGCCUCCACCUGGGCCCCGCCUCUCAGAGGCCGGCCCCUCCCCCGAGCCUCAGGCCCCGCCCCCACUGUUGCCAACUUUCGCCCGUCUAUGCCAAAGCCUCGGCGGCGACCCCGCCCCAAGGGCCCGCCCCAUUGGCCGUCGCCUUUGUGACGUCACUGCAUGCAGCCCCAACCUUCCUCCCGUCCCUUCCCGGGGCUGCCCGCUCUUUCCCCCCCUUAGUUAGUCCGAUGCCGACUAUAGAGCAAUAAUGCGCACUGCAUGCGAAGCUGCCGCCGCCUCUAGAGUUACUGAGAAUCAGGUAUCCCCCUGCCCUACCCACCCCAUAGGCCCCUAGAUCAGGGACACUGCGCGGGGCCGGACGCGCAGAUUUUCUUCCCCGUCCUACUCCCUGUCCCCCCCACCCCCCACGGCAGAACCCGGCGGUGUAAUGGUUCCAGGGGCAGGGGCGGUGUAAUUGCCCCUAGGAUCCCUUCUUCAGUCGUCCAUCACCUACCGACCGUUCAUUGGGUACCUACUAUGUGCCAGGGCCGCGGCGACAGCCAAGGUGUGCAUAUACGUGACGGGCGUGACGGGCUUGGGUGCACCAGGGACACCUGUAGAUGCAGAAAGAGAGGCCCGGUCCUUAGACCCAACCUCGCACCUCCCCUCCUCCCCACCCCAGCAUCCCACCCCAGUCCAGUGUUGGGCGCAGCUCGGCUCUGCCUUUGACUUCGGCCUGGCGUUCUCAGCUCGGGUGGCACGGACCUGGGGCCAAGGCCCAGCACCACCCGGGCCGCCCAUAACUACUCCCAGUUCUUCCAUCCUCUGGCUACUGGCUCUGCCGUGUUGGUCCAGGGCCCCAGGCUAAACGGAUAGGUGCCCGCUGGAGCGUAUGACCUGGCCAGCCCCAUCCCCGUG